UUCCGGGCUGGCAGCACUGGCCCGGCGAUGCUUAGAUUUACAAUUUUACUCAAUUUUAUAUCCGUUUUGUGACAGAGCGGCGGCUGUGCUUUAUAAGCAAACACACACAGUUAACAGAUGACAUCAGUAUAAUGUCAGAGCUGUGGUUACAAGGAUAAAAAAGACUUGAUCCAAUCCUGCAGCGGCUCAGACGUUGCGGUUGAGAAAAGAGGUCUGGUUGUUUUGCUGCACCAAAGAAGCACCGCCUGUUAUCUUCAGCCAGAGCAGUGACCAGCGCAGCGUACCAUUGCUUGUCUGGCUCGAUUCAUCUCCAGCGCUGACUUCAUCCUCAAAGAUGAAGUUGAAGGAGGAUUUGAACCCCCUGCUGCUGCAGGUGUUCCGCUCGGUGGUCUGGGUCUACUCCGUCAUCACCUUCAUACCCUGGUACUUUUUCUCCGGAGCUGGCACCAACUUGGAACGGGCUCGUCGGAUCAAGGCGCGCUCAGUUAGCGGACACCCAGCCGGGCCGUACAGGGCCAUCAACAGUCAAGAGAAGCUGGUGGCAUGGCUGCACCCUGGGGUGGACACCCUGGACAAAAUGUUUGAAUUUGCUGCCAGUCGGUUUCCGCAGAGAGACUGUCUGGGCACCAGGGAGGUGCUCAGUGAGGAGGAUGAGAUCCAGCCUAAUGGCAAGGUCUUCAAAAAGGUUAUUCUAGGGAACUAUAACUGGCUGUCAUACGAGGAAGCGUACGAGGCAGCAAAGUGUUUUGGCAGUGGUCUGGCAGCACUCGGCCAGAGGCCCCAGUGUAACAUCGCCAUCUUCUGUGAGACCAGAGCGGAGUGGAUCGUGGCGGCACAAGCCUGCUUCAUGUACAAUUUCCCACUUGUGACCCUGUACGCCACUCUCGGACCCACGGCCAUUGCCCACGGCCUGAACGAGACCGGCAUCACGCACAUCAUCACGAGCAAUAACCUGCUGCAGAGCCGUCUCAAGGCCAUACUGUGCGAUGUGCCGAGGCUGCAGUACAUCAUUGUAGUUGACUGUAAACCCACAAGCUGGCCAAACAUCCCCAGAGGCAUCAUGGUGUACAACAUGGACGCUGUGAAGGAGAUGGGAUCCAAGCCUGAAAACAUCGCAGUAGACCGCAGACAGCCAGAGCCCUUGGACAUCGCGGUCAUCAUGUACACCAGCGGCUCCACAGGCAUCCCCAAGGGUGUCAUGAUCUCCCAUGGCAACAUCAUUGCUGGCAUCACUGGCAUGGCUGAGCGAAUCCCUAACCUCAAUGAAACAGACACCUAUAUUGGCUACCUGCCGCUGGCACACGUUUUAGAGCUCAGUGCUGAACUGGUGUGCAUCUCUCACGGCUGUCGCAUCGGCUACUCCUCCCCUCAGACUCUAGCCGACCAGUCUACCAAGAUAAAGAAGGGCAGUAAAGGGGACACCAGUGUGCUGAAACCUACCCUCAUGGCUGCUGUACCAGAGAUCAUGGAUCGAAUCUAUAAGAAUGUGAUGACCAAAGUGGAGGAGAUGAGCAAAAUCCAGAAGACGUUCUUUGUGCUGGCCUACAACUACAAGAUGGAGCAGAUCUCCAGAGGCUACAGCACGCCUCUCUGUGACAGUCUGGUGUUCAAACGGGUGCGUGCGCUCUUGGGAGGGAACACACGGGUGCUGCUUUCUGGCGGAGCUCCACUCUCAGCUGCCACACAGCGCUUCAUGAACAUCUGCCUGUGCUGCCCCGUGGGGCAGGGCUACGGCCUGACGGAGACCUGUGGAGCUGGCACCAUCAGCGAGAUUUGGGACUACAGCACAGGACGGGUUGGUGCUCCACUGGUCUGCUCAGAGAUCACACUGAAGGACUGGGAGGAGGGUGGUUACUACAGCACAGACAAGCCCAACCCCCGUGGGGAGAUUUUGAUCGGCGGCCCCAAUGUAACGAUGGGUUACUACAAAAACGAAGCAAAGAACUGUGAGGACUUCUUUGUGGAUGAGAGCGGCCAGCGAUGGUUCUGCACCGGAGACAUUGGAGAGUUCGAACCUGACGGAUGCCUUAAGAUCAUCGACCGUAAGAAGGACCUGGUGAAACUGCAGGCGGGCGAGUAUGUCUCUCUAGGAAAGGUGGAGGCUAUUUUGAAGAACUGCUCACUCAUAGACAACAUCUGUGCCUAUGCCAACAGUGACCAAUCGUAUGUGAUCAGCUUCGUGGUGCCGAACCACAAGCAGUUAAUGGCGCUGGCGGAGCAGCUGCAGGUGACGGGCACAUGGGAGGAGAUGUGCAACAACCCCCUGUUGGAGAAAGAGGUCCUCCGCAUCCUUACUGAGGCUGCUCUCUCAGCGAAAAUGGAACGAUUCGAGAUCCCCAAGAAGAUCCGUCUGAGUGCCGAGCCGUGGACACCGGAGACCGGGUUGGUCACUGAUGCAUUCAAGCUAAAACGCAAGGAGCUCAAAUCACACUACCAGGAAGACAUUGAGAGGAUGUACGGUGGAAAAUAACCCACACAAACACAAUCCAAACAACAAGUACAUACUUGCACACAUACACAAGGAGCUCAGAAGCCACUACGAGGAGUACUCGGAGUUAUAUACUUAAGAUACAGUUACCAAACACACACAUACACGCAUAUAAUUACAGGAACAUAAAGCGACUCAUGCACCUCCUCCUCGGCUUUGAUCAAAAGAGGAAAGAACUCUUGAAUCCAGCGUAUUGCUCUCUGUCGAGACCAAAAAGGCAGAAGUCCCUCACAGACAACUGAGCCAGCCGGAUGUGCAAGGUGCGACACACUCCCCAUUCCCCUUUGAUGGAUUCAGCCCUUUGAGUUGCUAUGACAACCGAGGCAGCACAUGAAAUAGGACGUCCACAUGACUCGAAGUGAAACAAAUGUCAGGCUAGACGUGGAUCAAUGUCAGCGCUCCGUGUUCGUUGCUUCUCCUCCCCCCUCCCCCCCCUCCCCCCCCCCACCCCCGCCAGUUCAGCAUGGUCGUGGACUUGAAGUGCAGAUACCUGGCAGAGAGACGGGGCAGCAUGAGCGUGAUAGAGGGAUCCCUCCCGGGCUUUAAGUAACAUUCAGGUUGGAAUCUAUGCAGGGAUCUCUAUCUUUUCAUGAUUAUUUUUUUACAUGUCGCUGUGUUUCCUUCAUGUUCGGUUUGUCAGCUUUGAAACCCAUUUCAUGAGCUUUUUUUUUACGUGUGUGUGUGAGGAAUCGGUGUUGCAAAGCCAUGAGAGAUUGAGCAUUAAGAUGUUUUCAUACUUUUUCUUAUUGUUAUUUUAUGGGUGUAAUAUUCUGAGGGUUUGUAUUUCUUUAUCCUCCUGUUUUUUAUUGCCAAUUUGUUUACGCUAAUUGUAUUUUAACGAGCUGUGUUUACGAGCUUUUUUUUUUGGUCUUUUUCUCCCGUGUUCCAAAGUUAGUACACUUGAGUGUGUGUUUGUUUACUGACGUGACCAGUAGAAGCAAUGCACUUCCUUCUGCUCUCAGCCUUUGCAGCAGGAUCAAACAUCAACACGGAAGGCAUCCACAGGGACUUUAUCCACUCCUGCUCUUUGCCCCCAGCUUUAUCUUUCCCAUCUCUUUGCAGCCCCUGGAUGCCUCCCAACCUAUAUCCUAUUAUUUUUAUUUUAUUAUUUUUUUAUUGGUUCAUUGCAUAGAAAUAGAAUGAGAGUUAAAGGGACAUUUAAAUCAACGUGGCAGGAUGAUCAGAGCCAUGGUCAUUGCAACCACGUUAGCGGGCUAACUAAUUUAAUGACAAAUUAACUUACGGCAAGUCGCAAACUUAAGCCCCGUUUCCGCCAAACAUUUUCAUUAUAGUACCUUUGGAACCAAAAAUAACCCUUCAGACAUGGUACCUAGACCCUAGCGUUUCCACCACAAACAGUGCCCUUAAAUGUGGGCGGGGUUGUUGUCACUCACGGCUCCGUCCAGCACUCACUGUAUUUCCUCCUUUAUCAGUCUGCACCUUGUUUAUCGUCCACAGAACGAGGCUGCACGCCGACAUUUUCAGAACAAAAUAGAACAGGCUGCAGUGAGAGUCUCUCUCCAUGGGAUGCAUUUAGUCCUUCUCAGGCAAGCGCAGGGGUUUAGUGUUGCUGUAGCAAACAGGAACAACACUUUGCUACGCUUUUUUUUUCUUGGAGAGAGGAUUGGGAUAUCUGCAGUUCAUAUAAUCAGUCAAAAUGUAUAUGUAUUUUUAAACACUUGAAGAUCCACUCAUCACUAAAAGUGUGUGUCAUAAAAAGUGAUGGUCAUAGUUGUCACAGUGAAAUUUAAGGUGUGUUGAUGGAUUCACAUCGUCAGCUCAUGCAUUGAGUAACAUUACAAGUUAACGUUCCACCUUAAAAGUCGCCAACAGUCGGCCCAGUGAAUUAUUUUUCUCAGACAGCAAAACAUCCUUUAUUUUAUAGUUACAGUUUACUAAUAAAACUCACAGUAUGAACAGUGGUUACAGAAGCUUCAAAACCAGCCACAACUCAGCCCUGAGCAGAGUGACUGUCCGCUACUGACCAAUCAGACUGCAGUGUUCACAGCUCCACCUUUUAGUACCAGAUCUGUGUGCUCGGUACCCCAACAGAGGGGGGGACCAAAAAGGGGAACAGUACGAAACGCUUCCAUUUGUACCAUCCACAACUUAAAACCAUACCGAACUGAACUGCACUGCAGCGUAACAUACUGCUCGGUGGAAACGGGGCUUUACUAAGGUGAGGUUUGCCGUAAUGACCAAAUGAGCAGUGGAGUAGUAUGUCUUCGAAUAACUAAUCUGUUACUUUUAAAAUAUGACUAUUUCCCUCUGUGUGUUGUUGCCAUUAAUUAUGUGUUUGUUAGAAUAUGUAACUGUAACUGUGUAUGUUUAUGUCAACCCAAUCUUGAAACCCAUCGGCUAUUGUCUUGUGGCGAUAAACCCUCUGGGGGCAAGCGCUAAUGUUUUAGGCUUAUCCAGUGUAGCAAAUAUAUAAUAUCUGGGCUUCCUCUUCAGCGCACCAGUCAUCUUGGCCGAUCUCUAUAUACAGAUAUUGUCAUAGGAAUGCAGAUAUCUGUUUAUAGAUGAAGCUAACCGCCGAUGGGUUCAGAGAUUGGAUCACACGUGAUGGGUUAAAACUUACUGGGAUUGCAAACGGAUACCUGCAUGCACAUGUAGAUAUCUGUUUAUGGAGGUUCGUUUUGAUCAGACCAUGGUUGGUGAAAGACGAAUAUUAUUCAAGAUGGUUUGGGGUUUUUAUUUUGCUUCUGUCAAGUGUGAAUGAAGUGUUUUCUUCUUGUGAAAUCUUAGUUCGGUGAAAGAAAGAAACUUGAGUUGGUGUGCGGUUGUAUUUUUCCAUUUUAUCAGAACAACAGGCGUAAGAAUAGGCCAAAAGGGAGUUCUCAAACUUGAGUGUGACACACAUGAUGGCCGAUGUGUCACAGUUACAACUUACAAUUGCUGCUUACUUUUGAACUAGUCAAACAACCACAGCAGCUUAUUGAAUGUCCUUUCUAGUCAUUCUAUUUCUAUGGUUCAUUCACAUACUGUAACCCCCCACUUCUGCCACGUAUCACUCCAGUCAUGACCAAUGCACCGUAUGGAUGUCUCCAAGGGAACUUCAGCAGCGUAGAGAAACAGUUACUUAGCCUCUCAGCAGUUGCUCUCCUAGUUACUUUUUGGCACAACUGUGCAUAUUUUUUCUGGCCAUAGAUCUAGGAAAUGUUACUUUUGUCCUUUUUUUUUUAACUGAUAAAUAUAAAAUACAAAAUGAAUGUGCAAUAUUUAUAAACAAAUUUUAAACUUAAGUAUGUAGGAAGGAAAAAAGAUGCACCAACAGCAGCCCCUCCUUAGUGUAUGAAUGUUUAGGCCUGUUACUCAUACUAGAACACAACCAUAGGAAUAAAUACGAGGACGGUAGAGAGACACUGAUAGGGAGGUGUAGAUGUAGCCCAUUUGAACAUACUGUACUAAACAAUAUAAUGCUCUCUAGUAAGACUGUAAAGAGAUAAAUUUUAUAUUUGGCUUUGUAGAAACCGCAUGAAGUGUGCAACUGUACCAAAAUCACUUGAAUAUACUGUAUAUUUUAGAGAGCAAUGAGAGGGUGGCGCUCCAGGCUGAAGUAACACACUCCUUAUUUAAUUGUGAGUAUAUAGCAUAAACUCAGCAGACCUCAUAGCAGUUCUGUAUCUUCAAAUUGAUUUUUGUUUGUGACACUGUACGAGCAGUGUAUAUAAAAAGGGUCUUUGAUUCUGUCGACUGCCAUUUGUUUGAACUCAUGUACAUUAGUUGCUAUAGCCUCAGUACGAGUGGCACCCUCGCUUCAGGCUUUCUUCUCUUUAGGUUUACAGGCAGGAGUUUAUCUGUGCUCAGUCAGUGGUCAUCUCUCCCACAGCUGCCCUCUUGGAAUGCUUCGCUUGUACUGAAGGCAUUUAGCGCUAAAAAAGGUACAGUCAGGUACUCUAACUUCUUAUCAGAUCUCUACUAAAGGGUUAUUUUAGCAUGUACAAACACAGCACCACCAAGACCAGGUGAGGCCGUUCCUCCCUUCUUGUUUCUUUCUUUCCUUUUUUUAGUUAACGGUUCUCUCCUGACAUUUCAGUGGAACGUCAGUAGCUUACUGUGCUGUUUGCUGCUUUUCCUCUGCCUGGCUAGAGGCAGCUAGUUGCCUUCCGACACACAUGAGCUGUCUUCAGGGGUCUUAAGAAUGUGAAGCACUCCCCCAUGUUUCAUGAUAGCACACAGCGCUGCGUCCUGCUACGUCCAUUUGAACUAACAGCAAGGCAAAGGCAGUGGGCGGUGCAAAGACCACUCCUGUUUUUUUUUUUUUGUUUGUUUGUUUUUUUCACUUGCAUUUGUAAAUAAAUAACCUAUAUAGGUUUUAGCGUGGAGGGGAUCAAUAAUUCAUUCAAACUACCAAUAAUUGUACAGAUGUAAAGUCUCCUGUUAACAUAUUUAAUAAUCUUUGUUACUGACCAGUUUUUGGUGGUCUCCUCCUUGUUUUGUGUGGUGAAGUGGCCCUGCCAGCCGGGCCGGGCCAUUGCAAGUGUCUCCUACCUUAUUUAUUUGUGAUUUGGCCUUGAAAAUUAUGUAAUGAAAUAAAGAAGUUUGUGUUGUAAUCGCU